UCGAUCAACAUGAGGACCUGGGCCUUGAUUUUAGCAGUUAUUUUCCUGGUCAACUCCUGCUUGGCUGCUCCUGCCAAUCAGCAGAGGAUUGAAACGGAUCCGGAGCUGACAGCUGGCUAUUUCGAGGGAGAUAUAGUGCUCGAUCCACAAGGAAGGAAUGGACUUAUCAACGAAGUGUACAGAUGGCCCGAUCGCACGGUGUAUUACUACAUUAGCCCAGACAUAGACACCGAGCACCGCAAUCACAUUAUUCGCGCUAUUCGCAUCAUCGAGCGAAGUUCUUGCAUUGUUUUCAAAGAGGCCACCACCGAUCAGCAAUACUUUGUCAAUGUCACGGGAUUCCCGGAAGGUUGUUACUCAUCCGUGGGCUUCCGUAAUCGGUCCCAACAGUUGAACCUGCAGACUUAUGCUCUGGACUCUGGUUGUUACCGCCUGGGAUCCAUUGUCCACGAGUUUCUCCACGCAUUAGGCUUCUAUCACCAGCAGAGCACGUGGGAUCGGGAUGAGUACGUCACAAUCGCCGAGGAGAACAUCACAGAGGGAAUGGAGCACAACUUCAACAAGUACGACAACGAAACUGUGGAGGACUACGGCGAACCCUAUGACUACUCCAGCGUGAUGCACUACACGGCGUAUGCGUUCUCCAAGAACGGAGAGAUGACUAUUGUGCCCCUGCAGGAAGGAGCCGAAGAACUAAUGGGUCAGCGAUUGCAACUCACCCAGUCUGAUAUUAACAAACUGAAUGUCAUGUACAAGUGCCCGAAGCAAGUGUAAAAUGGCACAAAUUUCAUAAAUAUUUUAUAAUUUCGGGUAAUAAAUUGAAAUACAAAAAGUAUGCAAAA